AUCUAUACUAAAUAAACAACUGUCCAUAUUAUUUUGUCAUCAUCCUACAAACAAACAUACAUACAUACAACCUUUCUUACUUUUGUUUCUGUUUAUCAACUCAAACUUUAAGGUUUCUUUACUUCCAAGAUUUUUUUUCUGCUUCUGUGGGAACCUUCUGGGGUGCAACAACUACUAACCUAUCUUAAGAAUAGACCAAGUUUCUAAAUUUAGAUAUUCAUUGGGAUUGGAUAAGGUUCUAGAAAUGGAAAGUUCCAUGAACAAUAAAGUUGAGAAAAGAAGUUAUGAUGAUGAGGAUGCACAAAACCAUCUUACUCAGUCAAAGAAACCAAAACUACCUGGUUUAGCUAGUGUAAUUGUGGAAGCUUUGAAGGUGGAUAGUUUGCAAAGACUCUGCUCAUCUUUGGAACCUCUUCUCAGAAAAAUUGUCAGUGAAGAAGUGGAGCGUGCUUUGGCGAAAUUGGACCAUGCUAAACUGGGUGAUAGGUCUUCGCCAGCAAGAAUAGAAGCACCAGGGGAAAAGAAUCUGCAGCUCCAUUUCAGAACAAGAAUGCCACCUCACUUAUUCACGGGAGGGAAGGUUGAGGGAGAGCAAGGAGCAGUCAUCCAUGUUGUCUUGUUGGAUCCAAACACGGGAAACGUUGUUCAAGUUGGACCAGAAUCAGUUGCUAAGUUGAAUGUUGUUGUGCUGGAAGGUGAUUUUAAUGAGGAAAUUGAUGAUGAUUGGACAAAAGAGCACUUUGAAAGCCAUGAAGUAAAGGAACGCGAGGGGAAAAGGCCACUUCUAACUGGAGAUUUGCAAGUUAGUCUAAAGGAAGGAGUAGGAACAUUAGGUGAUCUUUCUUUCACUGAUAAUUCUAGCUGGAUAAGAAGCCGAAAGUUUAGACUUGGUGUUAAGGUGGCUCCUGGAUAUUGUGACGGGAUUCGAGUGCGUGAGGGAAAGACUGAAGCCUUUGCUGUUAAAGAUCAUAGAGGAGAAUGCUAUAUUGAGGCAAAUUUUGUGUAUUUUCUGCAACUUGCAGUAUACAAGAAACACUAUCCACCUGCUUUGCAUGAUGAAGUUUGGAGAUUGGAUCGGAUAGCAAAGGAUGGUGCACUUCACAAAAAGUUGAUUCAAUCAAGAAUAGUAACUGUAGAAGAUUUCCUGCGUCUUCUUGUCCGCGAGCCUCAGAAAUUAAGAAGCGUACUUGGUAGUGGAAUGUCAAACAGAAUGUGGGAGAACACUGUGGAGCAUGCCAAGACAUGUGUCUUGGGUACUAAGCUUUUUGUUUACUACACCGAUAAAACCCAUAGCACUGGCAUUAUGUUCAACAACAUAUAUGAGCUAAGAGGUCUCAUUGCUGAUGGCCAGUUCUUCUCUUUAGAAUCACUCACUUCAAAUCAAAAGAUGUCUGUAGAUUCCUUGGUGAAAAAGGCAUAUGAUAAUUGGGACCAAGUCAUAGAAUAUGAUGGAGAAGUUUUAAAUUCUUUGACUAAUUCCAAAAGGGGAUCAAAAUCUGUAGCAGCUCAUACAAUGCAUCAGAACAAUUUCCAAGAGCAGCAGUAUGCAUCUGCAAAGGGAAGGGCGUCGUACGUGUCAUCCGAUCAAAAUCAACAUUUGCAAAUAACGAAUAACUACUCAUCCAGUUCGGAUUAUCAGAUGGUAGGGACAUCUCAAAUAGCAUUACCAGGGACCAUGAAUUACAACAUGUCAGGUGAUAAUAAUCCUGAAAUUGGAGGUAAUUAUUAUCAUGGAGACUGGUCUAGGCAGAGAAACGGACAAGGGUUGGAAGACAUUGUCGCAGAAGAACUUCGGCUUAGGAGUUCUCAGAUGUUGGAGGGUGAUGAUAUGCAGAGGUUACUUAAGACUAUUAAUGAAGGAGCUAAUUUCGGUCAUUCUAACGAGAAUUGUUACACCUACAGACUUCAGUAUGAGCCUCAGAUGUAUCAUUCGUUUGGCGAGGAUAAUGUCAAGUGCUCAGGGAAGGCUGUCGUUGGGUGGCUUAAACUUAAAGCAGCUUUAAGGUGGGGAAUAUUUAUCAGAAAAAAAGCUGCAGAAAGAAGAGCACAGCUUACUGAGUUGAACUGAGUUCAAAUGCUUGAAAUCGGAACAUUUUCUACUCGUUUCAAGCGCUUGAAAUGUAACAAAAGAAAUCUAUAAAAGACUAUAGAGGAUGAAAAAAAAAAUGUUUUGGAGAUUUGGUAUGUGAAGAAUACAACAGUUGGUUGAAGGUGAAAAUAAUGCAUAUUGUGACAAUAAAUCCACCAACUGCAGUAUUGAACAAACCAUACAAUGAGAUUAAAUAUUAGUUAGCUUUUCUGUCAUGUAAGUUGUAACAAGCUCUCAUGUUCUUAAUUUUUUUUAUUAUUACUUUGUAUUUUAAUUAUGAUCUGUAUUUUCAUUUCUUAUUUUAUUUUUUCA